CAGGAGCAGCACAUCCAGCUCCAGCGCCCGCCGCCGCCCGCCUACGCGCAGCUCGAGCACCACCACGAGCACGACCCCGAGUCCCUCCACCUCCCGUCUGUGCCGACACACGCGCCGAAUGCGCCUGCCAAUGUCCAGAGCUUGCCGGGCAUAAGGUCGCUGGACCUCACACCACGUCAUACCCCGAGGAACUCGAUCGAGCUCAGUCCUAGAAGUCAGUUCGAUGGGCAGUGGGGGCACCUGCCGCCGUUGUCGCGGGCGCUGAGGGACGGCGAUGUGGGGAGCCCUAUGGACACGGCGAGCGUGCUGAGUGCGCAGGACGAGGGGAGGAAGCGGGACACGAGCGUCAGCAUGGACGACCCGGACGUGAGGCUGGCGGCCGAGGCGCUGAGCGGGCUGGGGAAUCUGGACUUUGUGCGAUCCCCCACGGCACGCUCCAUGACGCUGUCCGCCCACGAGUCCACCGCAACCGAGCCCGAGCCGCUGCUCUCCCUCAUCACCUCCAACCACCCGUGGCUCGGCGGCACAAUCAAUGGCUCCAUCUCCGCCUACAAUGCCACCAAGGGCUACUCGCCGCGCUUCGUCAAGUACGGCGCCGAGCUGAUCGAGCGCAAUGUCGGCUCGCCCAUGGUCAACACCGUGUCGUCGGUCGGCAGGAGGACAGGCAUGGAGCAGAACCUGCGUCGCUACCUCGGCGAAGUAGGCCGGCGGCCCAGCGACCUCGAGCAGGGCGACAGCGACGCCGCCCGCAAGCGCCAGCGCAUUGAGAGCCCGCUUGCCGACGCAAUGGAUCUCGACGCAGCGCCCCCCGCGUCCCGCAGAAGAGGCGGCUCGCAGUCAUCGUAUGCAGAAUCUCUACCCGCCUACGACGACCAGCGCUCCCCCAGUUACGAAGAGUCAGCCGCCCCCACCACCACCACCGCCACAGCAAAACACUCCGACCCCCAAGCCCAAGACCGCCGCGUCGCAUGGUCCACACAGCUCAUCAUGACCACGUCCGGCCUCGGCGUCGCCCUCAGCGCCACAUCCCUCCGCUCGCUGAAACUCUGCCUCGGCCUACUCCGCGGCGCAACAACCCACAUCGACAACGUGAUGCGCGCGCUGAAGCUCGUCCUGGAAGAAUACGAAGCGGCCCUCCGCUCCCGCCAAACCCACCACCAAACCCACUACGACGCCGAAAAACAGCCCCCCACCUCCCCAACAGAAACACACCCAGCACAGGAAUCAGACGACGUAACCCGCAUCGCAACCCGCAUCAAAGCCCUCAGCGCAGACAUCUGGCAAACCCUCCAAUCGGUCGUCGCAUCCGUCUCGCGCUACACAGGCGGUGCCCUCCCCCAGAACGCUUCCCAGGUCGUCCGCACACAGCUGCUCAGCGUGCCGCAGCGCUGGCAGCUCGCGGGCCGUACUACGCAGGGCGAGGGCGAGGAGGUGCGCGGCGCGAAUCGGAUGUUGGCGUUUGCGAAGGAGGGGCUGGAUAUGAUGGGGCAGAUUACUACGGUUGUGGAUGGGACUGUGUGUAGUGCUGAGGGGUGGCUUGGGCGGAUUGGGAGG